CCCCGCGCCCCCGCUCUCCGGGGCCGGCGGCGGGCGGGCUCCCGGGACAGCAUGUCGGACUCCGAGGAGGAGAGCCAGGACCGGCAGCUGAAGAUCGUCGUGCUGGGGGACGGCACCUCCGGGAAGACUUCCUUAGCUACGUGUUUUGCUCAAGAAACUUUUGGGAAACAGUACAAACAAACUAUAGGACUGGAUUUCUUUUUGAGAAGGAUAACAUUGCCAGGGAAUUUGAAUGUUACUCUUCAAGUUUGGGAUAUAGGAGGGCAGACAAUAGGAGGCAAGAUGUUGGAUAAAUAUAUCUAUGGAGCACAGGGAAUCCUUUUGGUAUAUGAUAUUACAAAUUAUCAAAGUUUUGAAAAUUUAGAAGACUGGUAUACUGUGGUGAAGAAAGUGAGCGAGGAGUCAGAAAUUCAGCCACUGGUUGCCUUAGUGGGCAAUAAAAUUGAUUUGGAACAUAUGCGGACAGUGAAAACCGAAAAGCACUUACGGUUUUGCCAGGAAAAUGGUUUUAGUAGCCACUUUGUCUCAGCAAAGACAGGCGACUCUGUCUUCCUGUGUUUUCAGAAAGUUGCUGCUGAAAUCCUUGGAAUCAAAUUAAACAAAGCAGAAAUAGAACAGUCACAGCGUGUGAUAAGGGCCGAAACAGUGACGUGCUGGGAAGAAGAUCCUCAACAUUCCAGCUCCGCUCAGAGUAGAGUCUGUGCAGUACAGUGGUGCAGGGAUGGGCUGAUAAAUUCUUGGUUUGGGGAGCGGGGUUGGGCAGAACUAGUGGAUGUUUUCCUGUUCUUUAUUCCUUACGACAAGAGAAGUUCAAGUGUGAUUGUACCUUAUUGAGAAUUAAUAUCGCUUAAGUUGUGUCUCAGAAUUUUGAAAAAUGGAUUCUUUGCCAAGAGACUUCGGAAUUAGAUGAGGAAUUGGGAACAAACUAAAAUAACAUUUCAGUUACUUUAAAACAUAUUUGUCUCUAUGGUUGUGUUUAUUACACGUGCAGUGAAGUGGAGAAGGGGCGAGUUAUUUCAUCAUUCAUUCUUUGCCAUUUUGUCCUGGUAAAGCCUGGUCAUUGAAAAGCAUUUUUAAAAUUUGCCUUGAGUGAACACUUGGCGUGCUUGUGUGUGCAGAUUCAGGGCACGAGUUGAGUGCAGUGAAGAAUUCCUUUUAACUUCAAUAAUUGCUUAGAGAUGAGCAGUAGCAAUAGCUAAGUUCAUCAAUUAAGAUAGGCCUCCAAAUGAGAGUUAGAGGGGACAAGGAAGAGGUAAAAGCAUCUUUUGGUUUAAGUUUUUUUUGGGGGUGGGGGCGAGGUCUUUUUCCUCUUCUCUAAUCAAUGUGGUAAAGAUUAGGAAAGAGAUUUUUCAGAGCUAGUUUCUU